CCUUUGGUAUUCCGAGCGGAAGUGACGCAGCAGCUGGAGUGCGACCAGAGAAACCUCAAACAUGCGUCAAUCCCGAAAAAACAAACUUAACCAAAUAUCGGAUUAUAAUCAUCAUAAACCAUAACUUCUGCUUCAGAAUCACCAGUGCUGUAGAUUAAAUGCGCAAUACAUCGAAGAACCCAGCAGGGGCACAUGUGUUUGUGUGGUGGAGCCCUGUAUAAUCCUGCACCUCUCGAUGGAUUAAAUAUAAAGAAAAGCUGAAUCAAAUCAUUCUACUCAAGGAAGGUCGAGGCACCGGUCAAACAUGCCCCUUCCGUUCGGAUUAAAACUCAAGAGAACCAGAAGAUACACAGUCUCCAACAAGAGCUGCUUGGUGACCCGCAUACAGCUGCUGAAUGGUGAAUAUGUGGAGUUUACACUGUCGGUGGAGAGUACGGGCCAGGAAUGCUUGGAAGCAGUUGCUCAGAGACUCGAGUUACGAGAGAUAACAUAUUUCAGUGUCUGGUACUACAACAAACAAAACCAGCCAAGAUGGAUUGAUUUGGAGAAGCCGCUGAAGAAACAGCUCGACAAGUAUGGACUGGAGCCGACCGUUUACUUUGGAGUGGUGUUCUAUGUGUCGUCUGUUACCCAGUUACAACAAGAGAUAACCAGAUAUCAGUAUUAUCUCCAGCUGAAGAAAGAUGUUCUGGAGGGGAAGAUUCCUUGCUCAAUUGAACAGGCCAUCCAUCUGGCCAGUUUGGCGGUGCAGGCUGACCUCGGAGACUUCAAUCGAUAUGAUUCUCAGGAAUUCCUUCAAAAAAUUUUGCUUUUCCCAAUGCCCUGGAUUCAAGACGAGAGGGUUGUGGAGGAGGCCAUGCAGAAGGUUACCAUGCUCUAUCAGAACUACCGAGGUCUGUCCGCACCGGAGGCCGAGUUACUCUACAUGCAGACGGUGGAAAAGAUGGAGGGCUACGGUGAGGAGAGUGUCCAGGCAAAGGACAGCCAAAGCACAGAUGUGAUUAUCGGCUCCUGUCUGGAUGGAAUAUUUGUCAAGCACAAAAAUGGGAAAGCACCUCUCUUGUUUCGGUGGAAUGACAUUAAUAAUAUGACUCACAAUAAGUCGUUCUUCGCCCUGGAGCUUGCCAACAAAGAGGACACUAUCCAGUUCCAGACCGAGGAUAUGGAGACGUCCAAGUAUGUGUGCAGAAUGUGGCUGGCGCGGCACAAGUUUUACAAAAUUAACAACAGCAGUCUAGAGCCGUCCGAUGGCCCUGAUUCCUCUGACAGUCCCCAGAGGUCCAUUCUCACUCUCUCAUUUCCUCGCUUUCCGACGCUCUUGCGUCCCUCUGUGCCAGCUGAUAAAGGUCAAACUCAGCCAGCGCCAGUGAACCCAGUGAGGCGGCGGUCUUCCACAAGAUUGUCUCUGCCAAAACCUCAGACCUACAUGAUGCCACCCCAGAUGCACUUUAAUGGCCAUUAUACAGAACCGUACACGUCUUCACAAGAUAACCUUUACAUCAACAAUCAGAAUGGUUUUUACUACCAUUCCCAGACCAGUCUCGACCGCUCUCCACACGAGUAUAACGGAAGGAUCCGCAAUGGCAGCGUGUACAGCGCGCAAAGCACCAGCUCCCUUAACAACCCGCAGCACUACCUGCAACCAUCGCCCAUGUCCUCCAACCCCAGCAUCACAGGAAGUGAUCUUAUGCGGCCAGACUACGUGCCUUCCCACCGCCACAGCGCACUGAUUCCACCGUCCUACCGCGCCACACCAGACUACGAGACGGUUAUGAGGCAGAAGAACCUCAGUAUGAUACCGCCCACUGAACGCCAGAGCCACUCCAUGAGGAACUUAAACAUUGGAAACUCUUAUGCGUACAGCCGACCCGAUCCGCUCGUUUACAGCCAACCGGAGAUCCGCGAGCACGGCGCGGGACAAUACCCGUUCCACCUCAACUACAGCUUCCACAGUCCCUCUCCAUACCCAUACCCCACCGAGAGACGACCCGUAGUGGGUGCCGUUAGUGUCCCCGAGCUCACAAACGUCCAGCUCCAGCAGGCCCAGGAGUACCCACCGCCCAACAUUAUAAGGAAUCAAGUUUACUGGCCACCACCCCCUUAUCCGUACCCUCAUCCUCGACCAGCCAAUAGCACGCCGGACCUGUCCCGUCACCUCUACGUCAGCAGCAGUAACCCCGACCUCAUAACACGCCGCGUCCAUCACUCGGUACAAACCUUCCAGGAGGACAGUCUGCCUGUGGCGCACUCACUGCAGGAAGUGAGCGAGCCUCUCGUCAUGACACGCCGGCCGCACAUGCACAAGCGGAACUCCAUUGAGAUUGCUGGUCUUGCGUACGGCCUAGAAAACAUGAGGCUGAAAGAGAGGAAGGUAUCUGCAUCUGCGGCUGAAACCCCUCCCCCGCUCUCCCAACCAAAGCUGCCCACGCCUUCCAGCUCCGAAAUCAACGCCGUCCUGGAAGUGACGAAACCCGAGGAUGCGGUCAUUAAAGAGGACGUGUGCUACGGGCACAAAAAAUCCCUGUCUGACGCCACGAUGUUGGUGCACAGUAGUGGUGAGGAAGAGGAGUUUGAAGACGACAGUGGCCGACACACACCACAGUCUCAGGACGCCGUGUGCGGACCUGAGCAUAACCUGACGCCGCUGGGACGGCCCCUCGUUGAUCCUCCCGCUUAUCCGUUUAGCCACAGUAUGGAAACCGUCCUGACUAGCAGUCAAGCAUACCAAGCCCACCCGCUUAUCCACAAGCAGGAUGAGUUGGAUCAGUUACGGACUUUUCGAGAGCCCGGACACAUAGCGCCGUCAGUGUCAGAAGGAGAUUUGAGUGGACAGGGGCGGAUGAAGCACAAGAGAGACGUCUCUAAGAGACCCGUCUCAGAUGUGCCCACUGCGAGAAGGAAUAUCGAUGGACUUCCACCACCCGGUAUGAAGAAGGGUCGCUCCGAGGUCAAGAAAAUUGGUCCGCUGAAGCUGGCGGCUCUGAAUGGCCUGACCCUGUCCAGAAUGCCUUUGCCCGAUGAAGGCAAGGAUGACCCGGAGAACGGUUCUAAUGAUGAGAGGUGUAAGGUACUGGAGCAGCGUGUGGAUCAGGGGAUGGUCUUCACAGAGUACGAGCAGGUGGCCAAAAGACGGCCCAACUGCGAGUGCACCAUCGCUCAAAUGCCCGAGAACGGCGACAGGAACCGCUUCCAAGACGUCCUGCCCUAUGAUGACACGCGUGUGGAGCUGGUGCCCACCAAAGAGAACAACACGGGUUACAUCAAUGCCUCGCACAUCAGGGUUACAGUAAGCGGUAAGGAAUGGUCUUAUAUCGCGUCUCAAGGUCCCCUCUCAAACACCUGCCAAGACUUCUGGCAAAUGGUUUGGGAACAAGGAGUUGCCAUCAUCGCCAUGGUUACAGCAGAGGAGGAGGGGGGUCGCGAAAAGAGCUUCCGCUAUUGGCCUCGACUUGGCUCGCGCCACAACACUGUUACGUACGGGCGGUUUAAGAUAACCACACGCUUCCGUACAGACUCUGGCUGUUACGCCACGACAGGACUGAAGAUCAAACAUCUUCUGACGGGUCAAGAGCGAACCGUCUGGCAUCUACAGUACACAGACUGGCCCGACCACGGCUGCCCAGAAGACUUCAAAGGGUUCCUCUCCUACUUGGAGGAGAUCCAGUCCGUGCGGCGACACACAAACAGCUCGAGCGAUCCAAAGAACACAAACCUGCCGGUUCUGGUGCACUGUAGCGCAGGGGUGGGGCGCACGGGUGUGGUCAUUCUCUCUGAAAUCAUGAUUGCGUGUCUGGAACAUAAUGAGAUGCUGGACGUCCCGACUGUUCUGAAGUUACUGCGACAGCAGCGUAUGAUGAUGGUACAGACACUUUCACAGUACACCUUCAUUUACAAAGUCCUCAUUCAGUUCCUGAAGAACUCCAGACUGAUCUGAGUCCAGAGCUGGCACGGGGGAGACGGCCUCUGUCCGUUAACGUGAUCACUCAGAUCGGCGACGUGUCCUCGGCUUCGCUCCCUAAAAAGUGGUGAAGGGGCGGGACUCGAGUCAGGGCAAGAAUGAAGGAUGCUGCGUGCCAGUUAAUGGAGCGUGCUGUAUUUAACCAGUAUUAAAACACAGAUUUCACUGUGGGCUUUUUAAACGCCUUUACGGAUGUCAGUCCCAGCACUUUUAUUUUGCUGUACAUAGCAAAUGCUGCAGCUCUAUUAUUUAAUAUAAAAUACUGAACUGCCGUGGUUGUUUUCUACUGGCUUCCUUGUGGAUUUUAAUCCUUUUUGCAUGAAGGUUUAUCAAGCCAAAAUGAAAAUAGUGGAUACCAUGUUUAAAAGACAGGAGUUUUUUUUGGGUGAAUAUCAUGGAAACAUGUCCAGGUCAGAUUUCUCCCCGAAUUUAGAAGAAAAAAAUAAAAUAAGAAAUUAUGUUUCGCUCACAGACAAGGAAACCUGAUUUUAGGACCACUUUUAUUUUUGCAUUUAAUAUGCAUAUAUUUUUUGUAAUUCUUGUUAUUCUCAACUGUAAUUCUCAUUACUGUAAUACAGUAUUUGUACUGUAGUGAUGCUGCAAAAAAUACUUAAAUCUGCAUAAAUGAAAGGCAUUGCAACAAAUACUAAAGUUAUGUAUUACAAUUUUACAAUUUAAGUGAUUGUAUGAUUUUUUUCGCAUUACAAUAACUGUUUGGAGGGAAAGCAUGCUUAAUUGUCAUGAAAGCAAUUAUAAAAGGCUUCAUUUUUGUGUAUGCAAAACAGUUUCUUAUUUAUUUCAAUUGAUUUUGGUGUGAAAUAUGACCUGGACAUGUUUAUUUUCUGAGAUGCACUCUUGUCGUGCAUCAUAAGAUAGAUCUGACAGCAUUUAAGAGGACUCUGGAAAUGAAGUAUCAAAGUCAGUGUUACGCGGCAUGCUAAAUCCAUGCUGUUUUUUGAGGUUUUACUCUAAAAGUGUAAUUCUACAUUAGUUUUGUAGGUUUUACUGAUGUAAGCAUCUCAAGUUACAACACAGCCAAAGAAAGGAGUGUUUAUUUUGUGAUAGCAAACACACAACUUUUAAAUACAUUUACAAUAUUAUGUAUUAAAAUUGUAUAUGAAAACUAAAAUGUAUUCUGCAUACAAUCUGAAAAGCUUUCUUGUUGCGUUAGGGAUAUUUGUGUAUGUUUCUCAGCUCUCACUACGAUUCCACCAGCAUUCUAGAACCCAAGACACCAAAGAGCAUCACAGACUCUUAAAAUUGACUCGAACUAUAGUGUGAGUAUAUUAAUGGUUUGUGGCCUCAUUUCCUUAAACACAGCAGCUAUGAUGGUCUACAGUACCAAAGAAUUUUCAGCCAAUCAAGUUUAUUUACUUAUAUCUUGAGUCUUAAAACACUGAUAAACCUUAUAAAUCGAUGUAUGUUGGUAGAAGAAUUGAAUUUUGAAGGAGCACAUUCAUUUUAAAGGUGCUAUAUAGAAUAAUUUUGUGUGUUUUUAUUCACACGUGUAAAACUGAUUGAAAUGCUUGUCAGGUUUUAUCCACUUGUGGUAAAUCAAUACCAAUUUAAGAUGCAUUCCCUCUUCGUGGUGUGGCCAUAGGUUCUUGUCUCGCACUGAGGAACCCAUUCAAACAAAGGCACAGUUUUAUUUUAGGUUUCUAAAUUAAGAUUCAUUGUGGUGAUGAAGAAUCAAUUUAAACUUGUGUAGAGCUAAAAUGUAACCAUAUUGAGCAAAGGUUGACUCUCACGAAAACUGUCAAGAAAUAUCCAGGUCAUAUUUCACCUCAAGAUCUAAAGAAAGAAAUGUGCAAAAAAUAAGACUAUUUAAGUGUAGUAUAAUUGUAAGGAUACGUCAUGUAGUAUUUGUUGUAGUGAAUUUAAUUUAGCAGAUUUUAAUUGAAAAUAUUAAUUGUUCUGUCCAAAUAGGAUGGUUUUGCUUACUCUGUUAUAGUAAUAAGAUGAUGUGUGCGUGUGUGUGUGAAUUGUUGAUGGGGAGUGAUUAAUUGUUAUUUAAAAUGACACAAUGAAGAAUAUCUUCAAAAAUAGGCUUGGUCCUACAAAUAAGCUUAGUCUUAUUUAUGCAAAAUAUACAGGUUUAUGAUAUUGUGAGUUUGGAGUGAAAUAAUAACCUGGACAUUUCUUUGUGAGAUUCAACCCCACUUAACCUCAAAUAUUCAAAUCUCAGUAUUGCCUUAGAAGAUAUAAUAAAUGCGACCAUGGUGGGUUAAAUGGUACGAUGAAAAACAUGAUUGUCCCUCACAGAAAAAUCACUUUGUUUCAUACUGUAUGGUGCAUCUGAAUUCUGCAUAUCAUGAAACUUUUUAAUUCCAAAAAUUGACCUAAACAUAUUUGCUGUAAGGGCUGUUCACAUCCAUCAGUGUGAUAGCUUGACUUAGCAUAUAUACUUCACUACUAUGAGGCAAAAGUCAAUUUAUUUUAAAGGAUUUUGGAAAGGUUUGUAAAAGCACAAUCCUAAAAACCGUUUCUUAAUAUUUGGUGAAUUGGGUUGGUUUUUAGUUUGAACUGGAGGAUGGAAUUUCAAGACAUUUAUGAACAAACUGGACUAUAAAAGCCCUUCCUUCUAUAAUGAGCUACUUAUAUAAAGUAUUAUAUAAAGAAUGCAUAAUAAUAGAAAAUACUGUUUAUAUUGCUGAUUUUGAGUGUUAUUAAUUUUUAACCACAUUAAUUUGAAGGUAAUAAAACUAGCAAACUGUUUGCUCCUGAUGGAAUAUCUUGUGAUUUGGUUGUGUACAGUGCAAAAUAUCAGCCGCCAUGAAUGCGUUUUCUGAUAAUGUACAGCUAUCAGUGCUAAAUUAUAUCCCAUUGUAAACAACUAUAUUUUUCAUUCAGAAAAUAAAUAUUUUAAAUUGUUAAA